GCCUUCUCCCCGCCCGAGGCCUGCGCCGCCGACCUCGCCACGCUCGUCUACACCAGCGGCACCACGGGGCACCCCAAAGGCGUCAUGCUGACCCACGCCAACCUGCUGUACCAGGCCCACAACCUGAGCUUCUUCCUGCCCGUCUCCCCGGGGCAGCGCACGCUGAGCCUGCUGCCGCCCUGGCACAUCUACGAGCGCGCCUGCGGCUACUACCUCUUUUCCCGCGGCGCCGCCCAGGUCUACUCCAACAUCCGCAAGUUCCGGGAAGACCUCACCGCACACCCGCCAGACUACUUUGUGUGCGUGCCGCUGGUGCUCGACACGCUGCACGGCAAGGGCGAGUCGGGGCCGUCCAUCGGCCUACCCAUCCUCAACGGCUGGGGCCUCACAGAGACGUCCCCCGUGCUGGCCUGCCGCCGCAACCUGCCGCUCGAGAACGUGCGGGGCAGCGUGGGCCAGCCCACCCCGGGCACCCAGCUGCGCCUGGUGGACCCCGAGAGCCUGCAGGAGGUGGCGGACGGGCAGCAGGGGCUGCUGCUUGCGCGCGGGCCCGGCGUCAUGGCUGGCUACUAUGCAGACCCUGGGGCCACAGCCAAGGCCUUCAAGGCCGGCGACGGCUGGUUCGACACGGGAGACCUGGG